AUGCCGUUGUCAUUGCCAGAUGAGUCUGGAUUCCAUAGCUUUGAAUCUGGUUUAAGGGACCGGGUUGUUGGUAAGAUUGAUGAGGGAAAAAUGUGGUUAUGGGAUAUGGUUGAUAAGAUACGGCAUUUCAAGAUAUUCAAGAUUACGGUGAUACAUUGGGGGGUGUUGGUUACGUGGAUAGGGCUUCUUUUGCACUUCACGUCGGUUUAUAGAUCUUUGUACCGAUCAUCUGCGCUAUUGGCCACGAUGUGCUCGAACGUGCUUUUGUUUGGGACUUCGGACUGUUUAGCGCAGUGUAUAUCGUGUUUUAUGUGCUACAAAGUGGAUCCGGUGCCCAAGGCUUUGGAUGAUAUGACAAAGAAUAUCAUGUCUGGGCUUGGUUCCCACCGUAGGGUUUCGCGAAUGGAGGAAGAUGACGAUUACAACGACAACGAUGAUAUGGGGAGCGAUGACGCCUCGAUAUUUAAUGACUACGGUAUCCAGCGUGAUGCUCGCCAUCCGGACGAUGAGUAUCGCGUGGACUCGCAGGAUAUGGAGUGGAUGUCUGAUUUCGAUAGCGAUGUUCCAGAUCAUGAGCUAUUCAGUUUUUAUAGAUGGGUCUGCUUCAUGUGUUGGGGUUGGAUUUUAUCCUUCUGUCAGGUGCCAUGGUAUAAGUUUCUCAACUACUUGUAUACUGAGGACCACACUUUUGUGCAGGUCUUGGAAAGAGUGCUCACGGAUCAGCUAGUGUACUCUCCAAUAUCCCUAUACUGUUUCUUCAUGUACUCUAACUACAUCAUGGAGCACGGGGACGCCGCCAGUUUUGAAACUAAGAUCAGAAACAUAUACGUCUCCACAUUGGGCUGCAACUACCUCGUCUGGCCUAUGGUACAGUUCAUAAACUUUUUGCUUGUUCCAAAGCAUCUACAAGUUCCAUUUAGCUCCUCUGUCGGUGUGCUAUGGAACUGCUUCCUAUCCAUGAGAAACUCUUCCAAUGCAGCCUAA